AGAUACUGUCUCAUGUCCUCAUUGUUUCCCUUAUAAAAAAGGAUUCUUACGAUGACAAAGGUCACUAAAGACCACUAGUAAAAUUUAAAAGCAUGAAGCAGUAAAGGGGAAAAGGGGGAAGGGGGCGUCACUACAGAUAGCUGUGACUUUGGAGAGUCUUUACUACUACACGAUACUCCCCUUUUAAAGAAUUUUCAUUCUGUUUCUGAAAGGCCAAACAUAAAAAAAAACUCUCGCAAGAGUCAAACAGCAAAAUUGAAACAUUCAAAAAGUGCAGUGGCUCCUUUCUGUGUGCCGUCAGCAAGUCCAACGCGGAAAGGUUUGCACCUAUGAUUAUCACCCGCAGUGCAGAAGGCAUGAUGUUUGUCUGGGCCGCGUUUGUCGUGCCCUUCGAAAAAACCGCGAUGACUCAAAAACCCAACACGCCCAGUUAAUGCAAAACAAAGCAGUGGACAAAAAAGGGAAACAGACGCAGUUCCGUAUCUGAGGUGUACACAACCUAGAAUCGUAAUUCAAACGGCCCGCCGGCGUUUCAGAGACCAUCUAAAAACAUAAAGGUCACAACAGGGCGCUCGGUGGCCGGCGGCUUUUUGGUCACCGGAGCCGACUCAUCCAGUAUAUAAGGUCGGCCUCUUUCCGCAGUCCAGCCACAACACUCCGGGCCUCCAUCCAACGCGCCCCACGAGCACCCACUCACCAUGAUCAAGUACACCCUCGUAUUGCUUUUGGUGGCAAUGGCUGCAGUCUCCGCGCUGCCCACUGCUGGCCACCACGGACACCAUGGCCAUGGUGGGUUCGGCGGCCACGGCGGCUACGGCGGCCACGGUGGCUACGACGGCGGCUACGGCGGCUACGGCCACCAUGGCCAUCAUCAUCACCACCACUACCCUGAGCAUGGUUACGGCAGCUACGGUGGCUACGGUGGCGGCUAUGGCAACUACGGCGGUGGCUACGGCAACUAUGGCGGCUACGGCGGCUACGGUGGCUAUGGCGACUACGACAGCUUUUUCGCGAGCCGGCCGAAAGGCACAGCAUCAGUCAUCUGCAGAUCGUCUACGAAGAGAGUCCACGCAAGAAAGCCGAGCACAAUGAAGGUCCUCGUGUGUUUGAUGGUGGCAGUGGCCGUGGCCAGCGCCUACCCUGGCGGCCAGGGCUCCUACGGCGGUGGCUCCCAGCACGGCGGCCUCGGCGUUGGGCAGCACAACGUGGAGCACGGCCACUCCGGAUUCGGCCACGGCGGCGAGCACGCCGGACACAGCAGCCACGGCGAGCACAGCGGAUUCGGCGGACAGGGCAGCUACGGCCACGUCGGCGAGCACGGUGGCCAGCACUCCGGGAACCUCGGCCACGUCGGCGAACACGGCCACGGCCAGGGCAGCUACGGACACGUCGGCGAGCACGGCAGCCACGGUACCCACGGUAACCUCGGCCACGAGCACGAGCACGGGCACGGCGGCCAGGGUAGUUACGGACACGUCGGCGAGCACGGCGGCCACGGCAGCCACGGCGGCCAGGGCAGCUACGGACACGUCGGCGAGCACGGUGGUCACGGCAGCCACGGCGGCCAGGGUAGCUACGGACACGGCGGCGGCCACGGACACGGCUCCGGCGCCUACGGUCAGCACGGUGGCCAGGGUCACCACGGCGGCGCCGGUGGCUACGGCCACGAAGGUCAUCACGGUCACCACUAAGUCAAGCAGCUAGUAAGCAGGCGAGAAAGAAGACUGCCCCUCAUUUUCAAACUCAUCCUCCUCCCUCUCUCUGUCAGUUGUCGUUCAUCGAUCAGAAUGAUUCAUCAAUAAAUUAUUUCGCUCACUAA